AUGGCAUACUACGAUAACGACCCCUCAUGGCCCUCAGCCGGCCGAGCCUCGUCAUGGGAAGUAGCAUCGCGACCCGCAGCCGGCCAAUCACCCAGCUCGCCGCAGCAACAACAACACCCCGAGCCGCACGCCUUUGCCGCGCAAUUUGAAGAGAUCGAGCGCGCCACUGACAACCUCGUCAAGAGUGGAAAGUGGUUUCCGGGAGCGAUGCAGCACAUGGCAGGAGGCAUGGGCGCGCGACAAGGCCAUGUUCCCCCGCCACCUAUGAACCGAGGACAUGAGCAAUAUGGCGGAGGGGAUGCACGGAUGGGCGGUGCACCUGCGAGACAAGCCUCGGGUGGUGCGGCGAGUGAUUACGACCCUGCCCGUCCGGGCUCUGCGGGUCUUCAAGGUUACUACCAAGGUCAACGUUUUCCCGGAGGUGCGCGCGCAAGCGAGGCCGAGCAGAUGCUUCAGGCGAAGCGGAGAAUGGCUGCGCAGCGGGAACGUGAGCUCCGCAAUUAUCAUCAGGAGCAGCAGUAUAAUCGGAACGUAUCGGGAGUCAAGUCCGAUCGAUCAAUGAGUCCGAAUCCCAUGAGCGAGGAGGAUCGCCGGGAUCUCAUCGCCCGUCAACACCGCGCGCUGUACGGAGACGCUGCAUCCCUCUAUGGAGCAGAAGCCGCCUCAUCACGGCCGCAAAGCCAGGAUGUCGUGAGAGGGUCGCAUUCAGGCCGAGGCGCAUCGCCACUAGCCUUCGACCCCUACGCCAAUCAAGGCCCGUCGAGCGAAGAAGGCGCGGUACAAAUGCCACCGCGCGGCGAUCACCUGAACACCACCACCUCCCCUCUCUCCAACACUACGACGCAGCAGUCUUUCGGCCUGAUGUCCGCAGGCGCCCAGCAAAGCAGUCGAACUUCCGCCUCGUCCCCGGGCGCAAAGGGCAAUGCGACAGGCGUAGCGCCCAUCGGCACUCGUCCGCUCCCGGGCUCCGCAUCAGCCGGCAGCGGCGUGAAUCAGCGUGCUACCACCCCUCUGACCUCUUCGUCCCUGGGCUUCAACAGCAACAAUAACAACAGCGCCGGAAGCGCCAAUCCCAAAGACGAGCGCUCCACCUCCGCCGCCUCGAACCCGGCGUCGACUCUGGCCGAAAGUGGCGCCAAUCCCACCGCUAUCAGCAAAGGCUCUUCCUCCCCCCGUCCCUCCUCCCCCGUCAACUCGCCCACCACGGGCAGCACGACCGCCCGCGCCGCCUCGCCGAAAGCGCCCGGCGGCCCCGCGACGGCAAUCAAGCGACGCGCAGCAGCGGAUCGCGCGGACAAGGUGGCGAAUGCGCGGCCGACGAGCACGCGCGCCGCGGGUGCGGGAGGGAGCAGUAGUACCAUGUUGCGACUAUACACCGAUGAGUCGCCGGGUUUGAAGGUCGAUCCGUUUGUGGUGAUGGUGCUUUCCAUUGGGUUUAUUAUUAGUGUUGUUGCGUUGCACAUCCUUGCCAAGGUCACGAAGCGCUUUUCUUCGUGA